AUGAACAACAAGCUUGCAGCCAUUGGCCUAGUAUUUGGUGGCAUUGGAGUGUUCUUGCUCAUUCAAAUCUGUAUGUCUUGGAGAGCAACCAGAAGAGGUUUCUUGGGUUUCAGCAGCUUGUCUACACCUGCUGAUGCAUCGGAGGGCUUAUCCCUGCAAGUCCUGGAGAAGCUCCCUUGUUAUGCUUUUGAAGCAGUAGAAGAGAACAUCCAUUGCACAGCUGACUGUCCUGUGUGCCUGGAGAACUUUGAGGUGGGUGAUUCCUGCAAGUUGCUUCCAUCAUGUAGUCAUAGUUUCCAUGCACAGUGUUUGGAUACCUGGCUGCUGCAGAGGCCAAGCUGCCCGGUAUGCCGGACCUCUGUGGAUGGCCAGAGAGGAAGAAAGGCCACCCAGGAUGGUGGAGCCAGGAUUGACAUGGGGCAGAUAACUGCAUUUAGAUUAUCUGACAUCUCCAGUCUUAGGAGUGUAUCUCUCUCAUAUGCUCUUGUGCUCUAUGAUCCAAAGAUGGACUCAUUGGAAUAG